AAUGGCGGCCAAAAAUCAAUUUUGAAAUGAAAAUGACAGAUGAUUGUUUGAUUUGUUUGUCGCAGUAAUUUGUAAAAAUAUUUAUUAAAAUAAUUAACCAAUUGUGUAUUAAAAUUCGAAAUUCAUAAUGAACUUACAAUCAGCUAUCGGGUGCAGUAUUUAGUGUAGAGUUGUUUUUUGUAUCGGUGCGUAGUUGCAGUUUCUAUUGUGAUCGAUGAUGUAAGCUUGCCGAAGGAAUUCGUGCGCGGUUCAUUGUUCCGUCUUUUUUGAAUAUUCGCAAUGGAGGGUGAUAAUAUGGGUAUCGGUAAUCAUGAGAAGGAGGAGCACGAGAGCAGCUCCCAUUCAACGCCACACGAGCACAAAUCUUUUGCUGAAUUUGCGAAGGAUAAAUUGGACAGUGCUGGCAGGGAGCUGCGAAGACGUCUUCCAAUGGCAGGUCAGCUGGGAGCUCACCUGAUGCACCCAAGACGAUUGCUGCUACACUCCACGCCCACACAGCAGACAGAUGUUGUCCUCAUAUUUCCAAAAGGCCUGCCAGACAGCAUGCUGCUAUGGCUGCUGCAGAAGCUGCGCGGGAGUCGGCCGCGGCUGCGCGUGUGCGUGCGUCAACACGCGUCCUCGCAGUGCGCAGCCUUCUACAUCACUGCUGAUGACGAUGUUCUCUUACAAACUGCAGAAGAGAUCCACCUACCGAUGUUGCUGAAGCCAGAAUUUGGUGGAGGGUACAAGGAAUUUACCGUACGGGACAUGCAUUGCUUUCAAAGGGGCUCAUCAGCAGCAGAACUACUCAAUUCGCAGGAACGAGGUGCGCUGGUAAAGCACGUGCUCGAGUCAGCACGCGCCGAGCCCGGGGACGAGCACGCUCUGGAACCCGCGCUUACUCUGCGCCCCGGACAGAGUAUUGUUCCGGCGUGCGUAAGUCGAGGUGUAGUGGCAAAUAUGUUCCCACUACACGAGCGGACAGCUUUGGAGAAUUUACGAAAGAAAUGGGUCAAGACGCUCUUCACACCACAGCCAUUGGAUGAGAUAAGUGAAUAUUUCGGUGUAAAAAUAGCAAUGUACUUCGCUUGGCUCGGGCACUACACACAGUCGCUAACGGUGCCGGCCGUUGUUGGAUUUGUAUUUUGGGUAUGGCUGGGAACAGCAAACGAUUACUGGAAGGACAUAGCCUAUGUGCUGUUUUCAUUAUUUAACGUUCUUUGGGCAUGUGUUUAUUUGGAGACGUGGAAAAGAUACUCAAAUGUUUUGGCGUAUAGAUGGGGUACUUUAGAUCAGAGGGAUGAACUGUUGGUGGAGCCUCGACCGUUAUUUCAGGGCGAAAUGGGUAUAAGCGAAGUGACGGGCCGGCCCGAGCCGCAAUACGCGGCGUGGCGACGUCGCGUGUGGCGACACUGCGUGUCUUUGCCCCUUAUGUUGCUGUGUCUAGCGGUCGCAGGGCUCGCAACCUUCGCCUUGCUACGGACACAGGACUGGUGGGAGGAAACGAUAUUCUAUUUCAGUUGGAUACCGCGCGCGUUUUUGGCGAUAUUGAUCGCGGUUGAAGAGGAGGUGUAUGCGCGGAUCGCGAGGUGGCUUAACGACAAAGAAAACUAUCGACUCGAGACAAAGUAUGAAAACCAUCUGAUUCUCAAAAUAGCAUUGUUUCAAUUCGUCAACUCAUUUAUGAGUUUGUUCUACAUUGCGUUCUAUCUACAGGAUAUGGAUAAGUUAAAAGAGCAAUUAGCCGUGUUGCUAAUAACCAGACAGAUUAUUGGGAACGUCAAAGAAUCUGCAUUGCCAUAUCUAAUUGAAAAUUUGAGGCUGGCCAAAAUUUGCUUCGACGUGUUUGGUGCGAUCAGUCCUAGCAAAGUACCAACAGCAGCGCAGCUCACAGAUGGGUUCGAAAAGAAGACAUCUUCAUCCGGAGAUGCGCCGGAAAUGCUCAUAAACGGCGGGACGGACAAAGACGACCGACGAAACUCGGACUCCCUCGUCGGACAGAAGGUCAUACACCAGGCCGAACUAGAGUCGCAGUUGUUUAAGUACGAUGGAACGUUUGCGGAAUACCUCGAGAUGUUAACUCAACUGGGCCACGUGGUGUUAUUCUCCGCCGCGUUUCCGCUCGCGGCGCUUUGCGCGUUGUUAAACAACGCGUGCGAAGUGCGUGCGGAUGCUUUCAAACUAUGUCACGUGGCGCAGAGGCCUUUUGGAGAGAGGGUCAGCAGUAUUGGCAGUUGGCAGCAUGCGAUGGAGGCUAUGGUGGCGGUGGCGGUGUUGGUGAACUGCGCUCUCAUUGGGCUGUCGGGCCCCGUACAUAGAUUGUUGCCCGACGCGACGCCCGCGCAGACGAUACUCGUCAUUGUUGCGUUGGAGCAUGUAGUGCUGGUUAUAGUGCUGUGCUUGCGCAUUGCUAUACCGGAGAUCCCGGCCUGGCUGGCCACGGAGAUGGCCAAGGUAGAGUUCCAGAGACGGGAGGCCAUCAAGAAUGCGCACGCGCCGCUCUUGUCGGAAGGCACGAGUUCGGACGACGUGCGCUUGUCUUGCCUCGUGACGCCGCGCACGGGCACGCCCACCACGCCCAAGCAGAACGACAAGCCCGUGGAGAAGAAACGCAUCAACAUCGGCAAGAUUCCCGAGAUACCACCCUUCAGGGCCAAAGCGGCGUCUAUAACGGAGCCGGCUGUCACUACGGGCUCUCUACAGUUACUACAGGAUGUAAGCCCAACGAAACCUAUACGACGCAAGGUACUCGAGGGCACGGCCGGCGCGCCGCUGUCGUUGCUCGGCGUGCGCGGGCUGAGGGACGAGCCGCUGCACCGCUCCGCGCACUGCAUCCCGCACCCCGCGCAGCACAAACCCCUCAUUAACCCCACCCUGCAGGAGCUAGCAGGCAGCGUGACGGCGGGCGGGUCCGAGCCGGAUCUGAAUGCGGUGCCGGCGUCCACGCCUUCCAUGGAGACCAGCGCCACCUCCAGCGAGGACGACAAGCCCAAGGACAAGAGCAGUCGUUCGCGCGCUCGGGCGGCCUUAGUAAAACGCGUUCGCUCAGUUGCGGUGUUCUCGCUGGGCCUGCGCAAGGCGCGCGAAGCGGCGCUGGCAGCGGACAAGCACUCGCCGCACACGCCCGACCGGCCGCACACCACACCCAGUCUCCCAGCGCCGAUGCUGGGCGGCGAGCUGUCGCUAAUACCAAUCGAGCAGCUCAUACAAGUGGAGGACGUCAAGCCGCGCUCCGUCACAUAGGCUAUCUUAUGUUUACCGUAGCGUACAACUUAUAGGUAUAUGAAAAACCAUACACCUUUAUAUCAUUACCAUACGUGCAGUUGGAAUGUAUAUCUGGUAUUUUGUAAGGCCAAUACAGACCGAGUAGUGAAGGCAAGCGAAGGCGGAAAGUGGGCUUGACACAGCGAACGAUAACAACUCCUCUUUAACAUACCCCUUUGGAAUUCCCUGCCGAUUCGCUCGCAUUUGCUGAGUCUACAGCUACAUUGAACAUCGAGCAAGCGUUCGUUGUCCAUCGGCCACGCCUACAAUUUUCAUUAUAUUUCAUUCAAUAGUCAUUUUUUGCCUUCGCGGCUCGGUAUAUACGUGUCAUAACAAGAAUUUUGCCCAGUUACAUUUAAAGUGUAACCUAAGUUCACAAUACAGAAAAAAAACCAGUAUGCAAUUUUUUCGACCAUUCAGUAUUGUUAGCGGAACACGUUUUCAUUGAUCGUACUGUUUUGUGUUUUGUAAGUUAUUUUUCGUCGUGUGCGUCAACCACAUGAUAACUUUUAAGGUUGUUUUACGCCAGAGCAAUACAUGCGACAGUGUAGCAUGCUACAAAUGGAAACAUCAAUUUUGGGGCCGUAAACAUCGUGCUUUAGAAUUGGAACGUUACGGUAGGAGAAAUUGUCGAUGAUUCUUGUCAGGUUUGAAAUUAUUGUACCAUGCGGCCCUGUGGCAUGCAGCAAUGUCGCACAACAGUUCGACCAUAAAUAUGUUUCGAUGUAAACAUUAUCUUUCAUAAACGUUUACUUUGGUAGUUUUAAGUGAAACAACAAGAAAAAUAUGUGAUGAUUACAAUAUUCCUUUUAUAAUAAAGGUACUGUACAAUUUGCGCACUGGUUAAAAAUCUGUGUUAUUUAUACAAUGCAUGUUACCCUAUAUUCUAAUAGGUACAAAUUGAAAGCCCCUGUUAAUUUCAUUCACAAUUACUUUAACUUUGAGUAUAUUUUAUGAGGAGCUGUCAAAUUGUAAUUUUUAGCAUUUGAAAAUGUAAUAGUGUACAACUUUUGUAACAAUCAAAAAGCUAGAAGAGCUGGUGACUGAAAGAAUUGCGUCACUGAAGUUUUUUCUAUACACAGUCAAUUAUAGUAUAAAUAACUCAUAAGCAUCAUCGAAAGGUAAUAAAAAAAGUCGAAAUUAAGGAGACUCAAAUUUUUGCUAGCCAAAAUUCAAACCUCAUACAGAGGACCUCAUACUUUACCAAUAAAAAAAAUUUACAUAGAUUUUUUCACACCUUUAUCUGAAGUUUGGGCUAAGUCAAAUAAUACAUUUAGUUCGACUAUUUUCUUUUUUGAAACUGAUGCCUUUUGAAUUUAAAGUUAUUGCAGACGUUUUAGUAGAAAUUUUAUUUUAAAUUGACGAGAAAGAUUUAGGUAGCUAUUGACUAUUUUACCACACAUCACUUAUCAUAGUAUUUCUAACAAAGCCAAGAAAGAACACAGCCACGGAACUCAUGUUCUCAUACAAAUGAAGCGAUACAAUACAAGCAAGCGAUCUUCAACUUUUUUGGUGUCACGAGGAGCGCUAUCUUGAAACAUUACCUUUGAUUUCAUAAUAUAAUAGUGUUGUCGUAUGUUGGAUAAAUCGUAGUUCUUGAUGGUAUCAGUUUUUAUCCUUUUAUUCAUAUUCAUCAUUUUAUUCAUAGCUAUAAUAAUCAUACUCACGACGCAAUCGUAGGAGUCACCUGCUCUUAAGGCUGUUUUACGCCCGAGCAACAAUUUGCGACAGUGAAGCAUGCUACAAAUAUACAUGUAGCAUGCGGCAGCAAUGAUAUGAAUGAAAUGCAAGAAAUAAGUAGAUACGUUAUGUAAGCGUCUAAAAUGAAAACUUAAAACUACUAUAGCCAUUUUUAACUAUCUCGUGCGUAUAUUGCUCAUCAGUGAGAUCGAAUUUUGUACACCAUGUAAUAUGAACGUAGCAUCUAUGAUUAAUUUUCAGAGUGUGGCAGUCUAUUUUAUGCCGAGACAACCUCGCGCUGGAAAAUUGGAAUAUUAUGGUAUGACAGUGUGGAACAUAAAUUAUUGUGAAUACAGCCCUGUGGCAUGCCUCAAUGUCGCACUGUGCUGCUUUGGCGUAAAACGGCGUUUAGGUUAAACGCACAAGGUUUAUGCGUACACGGAAAGAAAGGGCAUUCAUACUCGUCUAUAAAAUUGUUAUAAAAUAACUUUAAUUUAAAUGACAAUUUAUUUUUAUACGGCGCACACUGAACUUUGUGUGGUCAAUUGUAAUUUGUUUACAUAAAUUUUAAAUACAUGUCAAAAAUUUCGAAGCGGGCGGGACUCGAACUUGCAGUUCUCUGGCUAUCGCAGCAGGACUUGACUGUAGAUCCAGUCCUAUUGAAUAUAGGACUGGAUUAUUAGUUUGGGGAAGGCACUGGCCUCUAAGGCACAGGCUUUCCUAAUUUAGGGGUCAAUAUUAUAACAAUUAAAUAACUAACUAUUCAUCGUUUAAUCGAUUUCACUUUUUAUUGACGCUUUUUGUAAUGUGAUAGUUUAGUUUUUGGUUCCGUCUCGUUGGUUCUAAUCUAGUGUGUAUAUAACAGGUAUUGCAAUAAAAUAUACAGCUGAUAGCAAUAAGUUUCAUCUCAAAAAAAUAUUUUUAAGUUAUCUUUAGUUAAUGUAUGCGUCAUGUAAGUUGGAGAAAUUAUUAGACGAGAUAUUUCACAUCAGGCCAAUAGUACUUAUAGCUCUGUGUUUUUUUUUGCUUUGUUUCUGAAGAACAAUCGGCAUAACUGACUACUUUAAAAUAUUCAAACUUUAAAUCUAUUUCACUCUGACGUUAUAGUAUUUCGAUGUUCGAAAACUGUUUAAGUUGUCGAUAUGUGAAAACUCGUACUAAGGGUACUAAUUAAACGUGGUAACUAAUGGUCGCCUUACAAAAUUAAUAAUAGGUACUUCAAAAUGGAGUCGUGCGCAGUUUCAACUUACAUGACUCGGCCUAUUUAUUUAGUUAUACGUUAGCUAGGAAGUUGUUUAGAUGUUUGUUACUCAUUCAGUUCAUACUCAUCGAAAGUUAUCAACAGUAGGUACAUAACGAAAUAUAACUUUAGCAUUAUGUUGUUAAUUGUUCUUGUAGACAUAGUCUUAACUGGGAUUCAUUUAUAAGUUAUUUUCUAUUUGGUUACAUACGACAAAUCUAUCGUCGUUUAAUUAAUAACCGUAAUUUUUUUUUUUACUAUCGACAAAAGAUGAGCGAAUUUUCAAACAUUAAUGUUUUUAAAUACCAUGUUAUGUAUAGCCAAAGUUUUUAAGUUAGGUCCUAUGUAGCAUUCUUUUUCAAAAAACUAAAUUUUGAAAAUUUUCACGUUUUUUGAUGAUAAAUCACAAAAUAUAUUUUGCGAGACGGUAGAAAUAUUUUGGCCUCAAAUUGAAAGUGAAGUUGUCCGCAUUAAUGAAAAUGCGUGCUUCGUUACCUUAAUUUUAACAUAAUUCUGGGAUCGAAGCCGAAAACUAUUUCUGAAAUUAUAGUAGGUUAAUUAAAAUAUACAAGGUCAUUCGGAAAGAGAAUCAAGGUUUUCUUCUUCCUAGAUAUAGGAAUUCUUCUUUUUGCUAUAGGGCCAAACCUUAAGUCGCGAAAAAAUAUCUAUGGUUCCAUAUAACAAUGUCAAUAUCAUUCCACAAAGUGAUUUGACCAUUCCUUGGGCACCAUUUGAGAGUAACUCAGAUGAUUUUCAGACGGCAGUAUCUAUCAAACGCCAAACAAAACUCAUUUUUAUUUCUGUCGUUUGCGUUGUGUUUUGCAAUAAAUAUUUUUAUAUCAAGUCAAAAAAGUUUUACUUCAACCACGCGUAACGGUUGCACACUAUUUUUGACAGUUUAAGGUUUGAUCUAAUAUUAAAAUUGUUUAUAAUGAUGAGCAGAAUAACCCCCUGUUAAAACCUCCUUUCCGUCUGAACUUGUAGAAGCGCUGGUGGGAUUUUGAACAUUUUUUAAGGAUAAAAAAAACAUUUUGUAAGAAAUUUUUCGAUGUUGUUGACGUUUCUGUAAUCACAUACAAAUGUUGGUAUGUUUCUGGAAGCUUCCGAGUUCUAUAAGCAAUCGUCAGACAAUAAGUUGAUAUUGUCUUCUUCUUUGUCUUUCUUUUUAUUUGUCGCUUUUUUUCCUCCAACCAGAUAUGUCGCUCGUAGGUACAACAAGCGUAAAAUACCCGACUGGUAACAGUCAUUUACCAGUCGGGUAAUUUUGCUGACAUUUAUCUUUCGAUGCUCGAAAUCUACCAACGUCAUCGAGAUGUGCAAACUUAUACCAAGGCCAAGGGUGCAAGUAAAAGUUGCACUAUCGAAUUUGAAUUUCAAAAUGGACGCAUGCGGCUUGGCAAGCCAUAUUGUGCGAUAGCAAUUAGUCUAUGAAAUUAUAAAUCUCAGAAUUUUUUCAUUUUCUGGUUGGAUUGAUUGUCUAUUAACUGUGAAUUACCGCUAGAAUCACUUUUCGUACUUACAUAUUCUUGUCGUUAGGCUAGUUUCAUUGUAGUUGUUAAAGUUUUUACAAAGAAGUGUGGAGACAUACUUAUAAUACGCGAUCCAUUCUACGGUCGAUAGUCGGCAGCCUGGUUCCCAACAUUUAGGAUGUUUUUGGUUGAUCCUGGCGCUGAUUCUGAUGUCUCUAAAUUAAAUCUAGAGCAUCUGCAUCUUUGUCUUUUUAAAAUUGCUAAAAAGGGAUGGAAAAUGAAUUUUAAGCUAUAACAACUUAAAAUUUUAGUGCACCUCAAACCUAGCGUCAAAGGUCACAAGGUUCGAAUUAAUUUUGAUGUCUGUCCUUUUCUUAUUACAUUGGUUAUAAAAAAGGUGUGAAUACUCUAAAAAGUUAAAAUACCUCUGUCCUCAUGCGUAGGUAGUUAGUUGUUACAAUAAAUGUUCGGAAAAAAGUAGAGACGGAAAUAGACAGAAUUAUAUUUUACUAGGUAGAUGAAUUUGGUUCAUAUUCAAGUGCAUUUUCGUGAAUGUAAAUAUGGAACAGGCCUAGCUAUAAACAAAAAUAACUGACUAAACAAGUUGCGUUUCAUCAAUUUGAAUCGAUUGUUGUAAGUAUGUUUCCACUUUAACGAUUAAAUGCAUCGCAUUUACUUGUCUGUUAU